CAGCCACAUCAACCUCACCCACUCCCUUCUCUAUCACCGUCAUGUCAGCCUCGCUCACCAACCACUAACAGUCUAAUAUCAACCACUUCAGCCAAGCCAAGAUGUCCAAAAACAAGAAACCCCAGUUCAUUUUCCAACUCCUAAUCAGGGUCUCUCCUUCCCUGUUUCACAGACCAAUUCCCUCCCUCGUUUAAAUAAACCGCCCAUAACCAACAGACUCUCUUUGUUCCUCUCGUCAUUCCUUUUAUCUCUAACCCACCGCCUUUUCAACAAAACAAUGCCCUUUGUCGCAAACACCCCCGAGUCCUACCUCAACCGCUCUGACUCAAAAGCCACAAACGGAACAUGUCGUGGACUGACCUCCAACGGCCGCCCAUGCCGUCGCGCCGUUCAACAGACGGCGCCCAAGACUGAUAAGCGCGGAAGACCUGUUACUCCCGACCCCCGUGAUGAGAGUCUCUACUGCUGGCAGCAUCGAGAGCAGGCGAAUAUGUCGGCGCAUUCGAGUCCGGGGCCUAGAGCUACUUCGACGCCGAUUUUGGAAGGACGCACGAGUUUGGAUACACUUGCGGAUAGGUUGGGGUUGGUGGAUUUGCAGGAGAAGAAGAAGUAUAGAAGGGAUACAGAUCGGCGAAAGCAGACCGCGCCUAGACCGAAACCGCAGCCGAAGCAGUCUCUUAUGUGUUGCUGUUUCUCAGUACCUCUCCAAGAUGUCCAGGAGUCUCGGCCUUCACGACCGCAACCUCGUCCAGUCCAGAAAACAUCGGCCUCGGUACCGCCAAAGCGCGCUUCAAAACAACAUCUUACCGCAUCGCAAAACACAUCUUCCGCCAAAACCUCUCGACGCUCGCGAAAGUCCACAGGCUCGCAGACAGCGCAGAUAAAAGACUUCAUUCCCGACUCUGUAGACGCCCAGACCGCCUCGGCGCUUAUGUCCGAACUAGCACGUCCCUUUGGCGCUUCAGAAGAACCUGGUUUCAUAUACAUGUUCUGGCUCACACCUACAUCUCAGUCGUCUUCUGCGCCCGUUGACGCAGCGCGUUCGCUUCUUUCACCACCUUCACCGAAUCGGCCACCGCGAUCUCGAAGUGCUAGUAACGCUGUUUCAAGCUUCGCGGCCGCUGAUCCAUCAACAUCAAAGAACACCAUGCUUCUCAAGAUCGGCCGCGCAGCAAAUGUUCAGCGUCGUUUGAAUCAAUGGCAGCGUCAGUGUGGUCAUGAAGUUGAGAUUCUGCGAUACUACCCAUAUCUCCCUGGGUCACAGGAGUCAUCUGGUGUAGUUCCCCAUAUGACGCAGCAUGUGCACCGAGUAGAGCGCUUAGUUCACAUCGAACUAGCGGGCAUGGGUCUCAAGAAAGAUGCAGAGAAAUGUGAUGCUUGUGGGAGAGAGCAUCGUGAGUGGUUUGAGGUGGAGGCCACGAGAGAAGGAAUCAAGGCCGUCGAUGGAGUCAUAAGACGAUGGAUAGGAUGGGAUGAAACGAUGACAUGAAAUUAAUUAUUACAUUGCAUAGAUAUCUACAUAUAGCCGGCGUUGGGUUCACAUGAAUACACGAAGUUACGAUCCACAAC